AUGCAGGCAAGGUCCCCCGGCGGCGGCUUCCGCGGGGGAUCCCGCGGGAGGGGCGGCUUCCGCGGGGGUUCUCGCGGCAGGGGCAGAUCGACCUCGCCUGGUGGCGGCGGGCGCGGCGGGCGCGGGGACAUUAGCGGAGGGAGGGGCGGGGGAAGAGGCGGGGGAAGAGGACUGAGUAGGGGCGGGGGGAGGGGUUUCGGGGGAAGAGGCGGGGGGAGGGGUUUUGGCGGAAGGGGAGGGGGAAGGGGAGGCGGAAGAGGCGGCGGAAGGGGCGGCGGAAGAGGAAGGGGGCGAUGGAGCGGCGGAGGGGGAAGGGGAGGAUACGGCGGCCGCGGUGGCGGAUUUGGCGGCGGGAGAGGCGGCGGCUUUGGCGGCGGAAAAAGCGGAGGGCUGGACAGCGACGAGGACGAGGCGACGCCGGUAGAUGCGGGCUACGAGGUGGCGGAGGAGCUUCCGGAGGAAGCUUCCACGAAGAACCGGCGGUACGAUGACGUGGACGUGUACGAGUACGAGCUUCCCGCGGACUUCGAGGACGAGGAGAUCGAUGAGGACGAGGCAUUUACUGAAGAGGAGAAGAAGAUAGGCAUGGGUCGAGGGGCGGGGGAGGAGGGAGAGGAAGAGGAGGAGGUUGAGGAAGAAGAGGAAGAGGGAGGGGGUAUGUUAGAUAGUGAUGAUGAGGAGGAUGAGGAGGAUGAGGAAGACGAGGAGGAGGAGGGAGAGGAGGAGGGAGAUUGGAAAAAGGGGAAGAAGAAGCUUGGGAAAAUGAGGGGUCACAGAAAACAGGAGGACGCGGAAGGGGAGAGUGAGGAGGAGGAGGAUGAGGGAGAGGAUGGACAGGAGGGAGAGGGGGAGAGUGAGGAGGAGGAGGACGAUGAGGAGGAUGAGGAGAAGCACCAGCGGCUGUUGGCUGAUGUGGUGGCGAGGCAGCAGAGCAGGGAAGCUAGGAAACCCCGUGGAGGGAUAGCACUGAAAGCAUCAGCAGUGGUGGGAAGGAGUUUACCCAAUUCAGAGUUCAAUCUCACAGCUCAAUCCUUUCUCCGUCCUUUCUGCUCUCUACCCCCUUUCUGCCCUCCCCUUCCUCCCGUUCCCUUUUUUCUAUCAGCUAGAAAGCCCCGAGGCUUGGCGAAAGGCUCGGCGGAAGGCUCCGCGGCGGCAGGUUUGGGAGUGGGAGGUUCGGCGCUGGCUGGGCUGAAGAAGCAGAUGAGGCGGAUUGAGGCGAGUGGCGCUCCUGACACGGGGCCCCUGCCGACAGUGGUGCGAGAGAGGCUGGAAAGAAAGGCCGCCUACGAGGCAUCCUCCAAGGAAGCGGCCAAGUGGCUGCCACUCGUGCAGCAGAACCGCCAGGCGCCCUCCCUCAACCUGAUAGACGAGAUGCCGUCCCUCCCCACUCUCAAGUCAACGGACAAGCUAGUCAACAAGUUCCGACCCCAGUCAGAGAUGGAAACGGAAGUGGCUGCUGCUCUGGCGGCUGCGGGGGUGGGGGAUGACAGGAGGAUCGCGCAUGGAGAGGCACUGGCUCUGAAUAAAAUGUCAGUGGAGGAAGCACGGGAGAGAAUGAACCGACUAGCCAAGAUGCGAUCGCUGCUGCUGCAGCACGAAGCAAAGGCGAAGCGAGUCAAGAAAAUCAAAUCCAAAACCUUUCACAAGAUGGAAAGAAAAGCCGAAGAGAGGAAGAGAAGGAAGGGGCUUGUAGCGGGAGGGGAAGCGGGUGGGGAGGAGGAGUGGGAGGACAAGGAGGCAGCAAGAGAAGCUGCGAUAAAGCAGGAGUAUUUACGUGCUAAGGAGCGGAUGACCCUUCGACAUAAGAACACUUCCAAGUGGGCUAAGAGGAUUAUAGAGAGGGGAAUGGCGGCUAAAGCAGCGGUUGGAGGGCAGGGGACGAGAGAGGCUAUAGCAGAGCAGCUAAGAACACAUGCCAUGCUGACUAGAAAGAUUCAUUCUGCGACGAUUGGGAGAGGGGAGGGGGAGGAGGAUGAGGAGGAGGAGGAGGAUGGGGAGGGGGGGUGGGGAGAGGAGGGUAGUGGGGAGGAGUCUGGGGGGAGUGAGGGGGAGGAGGCGGGAGGGAAAGGAAGGGGAGGGGAGAAGGAGGGAAGGAGGCUGGUAGCGAGUGCUAAGGCGAGAAUUCUGAGAGCGUUGGAAGGGAAAGGGGGAGGGGAUGGGGGGGAGGGAGGGGAGGGGGAUGGGGCAACAAAGAGUGGUCUCUUUGCUUUGCCGUUUAUGGCCAAGGCUAUUGAGAGGAGGAGGUUAGAGGCUCAGAAAGAGGCUAUAGAAGCGAUUAAAGACCUCGAGGAGGGGUUGGAAGGGGUUGGGUACGGUGACGGGGAGGAUGGGGAGGGUGGGAGGGUGAAGGGGGGAGGUGGAGGGGGGGGUGAUGGGUGGGGGGGAGGAGGAUGGGGAGAGGAGGAGGAGGAGGAGGGAGAGAGGGUGGGAGCAGGGAGGAGGGUGUUUGGGAAUCUGGGAGAGAGAGUAGUGGGAGGGGAAGGGCAGGAGGAGAGAGACGAGUGGGUGGCAGUGAGAGAGGGGGAAGGGGAGGACGGAGAGGAGGAAGAGGGGGAAGGGGGAGGGGAGGAUGGUGGGGAAGGAGGGCAAAGCGGAGGGGGGAAGAGCGGGAUGAAGUUUGGGGGAAAGGGAGAGGGGAGGGGAGGGGGGAGGCUGUUGAAGGAGGAGAGAGAGGCAGCACGACAGGUGAAAGCGAUGCUAGGAGCUGGAAAGGGGUUCUCCUUCACUGCGUUACCUCUCGCUGACAGCUCUGCUUCAGCCCCUGUAGACGUGUCUGUGCCGCCACCCGUGCCUGAUGGUAGAAGAGAGGCAGGAGCAGGGGAGGGAGAUUUGCAGGCAGCUUUGCUGCGACACACAGGGAGUGAAGGGGAGAAGGGGGUGUGUGAAACUGGGGUGAGGAUGGAGGGAGAGGAGGAGGAACAGGAGGAUGAGGAGGGGAGAGAGGAGGGGAGGGUAGGCGGGGCGGAGGGGGAGGAGAGGGGGAAGAAGAGGGCCAGGGCGAGGGGAGGGGAGGGGGGGAAGAUGGGUGAUGAUGGUUCUGGUAAGGGAGCGGUGGGGAUUAUGCAGGGUGACUAUAGCGAGAGUGAGAGGGAGGAUGGAGAGGAGGAUAUAGACGAUGGCGUGGCUUAUAACGAGGGGAUGCGUUUGGAGGGCAAGGGGGAUGCUUAUAUGGAGGAUGAAGCAUGGGGGGAGGAUGCUGGGGAGAGGGUGGAGAGGGGGGCAGGAGUGGGAGUGGAGGAAGAGGAGGGGGAGGAGGGAGGGGAGAAACAGGUAGGUAAGAAGAGAAAAGGACGGGCCAGCAAGGGAGGAGGAGGGGAAGGAGGAGAAGGAGGAAGAGAGGAAGGGAAUGGAGCGAGCGCGUUCGAGAAAGACCAAGAUGAGCUGAUGCGAUUGGCCUUCGCAGGUGAUGACGUGGCAGCAGAAUUCGAGGCGGAGAAAGAGCGAGUGGUGGAAAAGGAGGUGGGGAGGGAGGAGGGACCAGUGACGCUGCCCGGGUGGGGGCAGUGGGAGGAGGUGCAGAGGCGGAAGGGGGCACCGAAGUGGAUUGAGGAGGAGAGGGAGAAGGCGAAGAGGAGGCGGAUGGAAGCAGUGAAGCAGAGGGCGGAUUCGAAGCUGACGCAUGUGAUUGUAUCGGAGAAGGACAAUAAGAAGAUCGAGAAGUUUUUUGUGCCCGAGCUGCCCAACAUGUUCCGCAACCGGGCGGAGUACGCACGCAGCAUCCGCAACCCCAUUGGUCGGGACUUCAACACAGAAGCAGCGUUCCGCUCCAUGACCCGCCCAGCGGUGAGUGCAAAUGCAGUGUGUAGUGCAGUGGCAGUGGGGAGUACAGAGGCAGUGGGGAGUACAGAGGCAGUGGGGAGUGCAGAGGCAGUGGGGAGUGCAGAGGCAUGGGGGUGGUCAUCCCACCUGUCAGAUACGUCAAGAAUGCCCAGCCUGCUGAUGAGGAGCCAACACAAGCCGGGGACGACACAUCCCUCCAUUUCUCAUCUUUCUGUGCAUGUGUUGUGCGUGUGUUGUGCGUGUGUUGUGCGUGUGUUGUGCGUGUGCUGUGCAUGUGCUGUGCGUGUGCUGUGCAUGUGCUGUGCGUGUGCUGUGCAUGUGCUGUGCGUGUGCUGUGCAUGUGCUAAACGUGUGCUGUGUGUGUGCUGUGCAUGUGCUGUGCGUGUGCUGUGCGUGUGCUGUGCGUGUGCUGUUCGUGUGCUGUGCAUGUGCUGUGCGUGUGCUGUGCAUGUGCUGUGCAUGUGCUGUGCAUGUGCUGUGCGUGUGCUGUGCGUGUGCUGUGCGUGUGCUGUGCGUGUGCUGUGCGUGUGCUGUGCGUGUGCUGUGCGUGUGCUGUGCAUGUGCUGUGUGUGUGCCGUGCAUGUGCCGUGCGUGUGCUGUGCGUGUGCUGUGCGUGUGCUGUGCAUGUGCUGUGCAUGUGCUGUGCGUGUGCUGUGCGUGUGCUGUGCAUGUGCUGUGCGUGUGCUGUGCAUGUUGUGCGUGUGUUUCCGCAGGUCAUGA